CUCUUCUCACAGCCGCAAGAAAAAGCUCAGUUCGGAGCUCCCGAGGAGGAGGAAGAGCGCACCAAAGCGAGCGCGGCCCUUUGGGGUUCCUACUGCCGCCGGUGAUCAAUGGCGGCGAUCACCUCCAACCUCAUUGUAUUCUCCCAUGUCUCCUCCGUCCCCAAAUCCAGAUGCCUUGGGAUUUUCUCUUCUUCUCGGCUUGAUCGGCGUGGUUUUGGCACGGCGAGUUUUGGGGGUUUGAGUGGUGGUGCUUGGACUGUUAUUGGAUUUCAUCCUCCUAAGGUUGCCAUUACGGCGGCGAAUGAAGAGAUUUAUGACCCGGAGUUGAGGUCCGUGCUUGAACUCGCUACUGAUGAGGAGUUGUUUGAACUGGAGAGCAUACUCUAUGGACCCAGCUACUUCAGUCCUUUGCUAAAAUCAAUCACAAGCAGACCAGAUGUUGAUUAUAUUAAGGGUGAAGAGGAAAUUGAGCGUAGAGAUGAUUUUAUAGCUCAGCUUGAGGCACGAUUUUUGUUCCUUGCAGCUGAUGCCCGCCAUACAUUGAGAGGUUGGAAACCUUCCUACAGAAAUGUUUUACUUGGUGUGAGAAAAAAGCUAGGGGUUCCUUGUUCAAGUAAAUUGUCAACGCAAGACCUUGAGGUUGAAAUUUUUCUCCAUCUUUUGCAGGAAUAUUCGAGCCAGGAAACUGGCUCUUCUUCAUUCUCUUGGGAGGAUGUUGGAUUUUCAGAUGGUGAUGGAAGUCUUGAAACUGGACUUAGCCGAUGGAAAGUGCAUGCACUGGCUUCCCUGAGAGUGGGGGCAAAGGAACUCCAACAAAUUAUUUUAAAGGGUGGUGGCAUGUUAGCUUUCACGAAGAUUUGUCAAUUGUUUGCAAACAAAUUAUCUGGAAAGAUGCUUUUGGAGGCUGCAAAUUGUGAGAUAAAGCGUGAAAUUAUAAGAAGGGGUGGCCAGUUAGCUGCUAUUAACCUGGAGUCCAGAGCAGCUUUGCUUGCUGCAAGACAGGGCUUAGCACGUGCAGCAUCACGAUAUCUUGGUCUUAGGAGCAUGAUGAUGUUAGUUGGCCCAUUAUUGUGGGGAACGCUUUUAGCAGAUGUAGUGAUACAAAAUCUUGGCACAGAUUAUGCUCGAAUUCUCCGUGCAAUCUAUGCAUUUGCUCAGAUCCGUCUUACCAGAACAUAUGGCUGGAGUUCGAGUGACAAGUGAUUUAUCAUCGAAGUAUUUCCUCCACUCAUACCUUUCAUCUUCCACCUCGGAGAUUUAGCUCUCUUGUUUAGUUCAGUCGUCAAAGAUUGUAAAUAUUGUAGAAUGGAAUGAGCUGCAACAAGAGUCCCAAUUUGAGCAUUGUCAGUCUGUUCAUUUUGGGUUUUUUUCUUUUUCCUUUUUGUUGGAGUUUUUGUCAGAGUUGUUUUCUAUUAUUAAUUUGUCAUUGGCGACUAUUGAGCCUGAUGAAUUGACAAACAUUUUUAUCAUUUAAA